AUGUCACCCAAACGUCUUAUCGUCUGCUGCGAUGGUACCUGGAAAGACUCCACCGCAGAUACUCGUCAACCUCCGUCCAAUGUUACGCGGUUGACGCGCACUUUGAGUCGCGUGGCAGUUGUGAAGGAGAAUGGACAAGACAAAGAAAUUCCUCAGAUAAUCUAUUACCAAAAGGGCGUCGGGACCGGCCUAGCGGACAAGUAUUUCGGAGGAGUCGCUGGGAUUGGAAUCAGUGCGAACGUCCGUGCCGCCUAUGGCUUUCUCGUGGAUAACUACGAUGAGGGCGAUAAGAUCUACUUCUUUGGAUUCUCUAGGGGUGCUUAUACCGCCAGAGCGAUCGCGGGUAUAGUCUGUGAACUAGGGCUGUUGACACCCCGAGGCAUGGACAAUUUCGCCACGGUAUAUGAUGAUUUCUACAACCGAAAAUUACCAGUGUACAAUGAGGAUGAUCGCCGACAGCUAGGCUUCCGUGAUCCUCUCCCGCGGUUUACGGUGGAGAUUGUUGGGGUCUGGGAUACGGUCGGUUUCUAUAAGCCCUGGUUGUUCGGACACUGGUCCGGGGAGAAACUCGAGUUUCGAGAUACUCUGCUUUCCAGGAAGGUCAAGUAUGCGUUCCAUGCCUUAGCACUGGACGAAGAGAGAAGCGCAUAUCAGCCCACGCUCUGGCAUCUGCCAGAGAAUGCUAAAGGUCAGGAGCUGCUCCAAGUGUGGUUCUCUGGGGUGCAUACAGAUGUGGGUGGGGGAGGACAUGACCCCCGACUGGCCAAUAUUACCUUGGCCUGGAUGAUCGCGCAAUGCACAAAGCAUAACCAGUUGAGUUUCGAUAUCGAGGACUACCUCUUCGACCGUCCUCCGCGACCGUUAGAGACAGACACAGCGCCAUGGGCGACGGCAUUGGGGAAAACCAGUACGGGAAGUUUCGCUCGGACAGUGGAGACCAUCUUGGGCGGGAAGUCAAAAAGAACCCCCCUCCAGUAUAGGCAGGUUGGCAGUGGAGAUCCGCAGCCUACCAAUGAGAUGAUCCAUGUUUCCAUUGUUGACCGUGUUUUAAGCGGGAAUGGAAACAUGGCUGAAGCCGUACCCUGGCCCUCGCUAGUGAUCAGAAACCCAACUCCUAAUCAAGAAUGGGUACUUGACAGUGGAGGAAGACUUGUGCAAACGCCAGCGCUGGAACAGGAGCUGUUUAUAAAGGGAAGAAUUCGCACGGUUCAUGUGGAUGAGAUAGACUGA